AUGAGUCACUACGAACACCCUUCCUUCGAUCAAGAUCAGCCAGAUGGAGAUGUGGAGAAGCAGGAUGACAGUGAUGGAGUCUGUUCUGCUGGGGGCACUCGUAAGGCCAGCCGAGCGCAAGGGAGUGCAGGUGGACGGGUUAGUGGAGAUGAAAGAGAUGAGUUAAAAGAAUGGGAGUGCUACGACAAGCUAGGGUAUUCCUUUUCCUGGUGGAAAAAAUGGACUAUCAUCUCCGUCAUCUUUGCUGUCCAAACGUCCAUGAACUUCAAUGCCAGUUUCUAUGCCAGCAGCAUCAGUCUGUACGCGACACACUUCAAUAUCUCAGAGCAGGCCGCACGUGUUGGUCAGAUGGGAUUUCUCGUUGCUUAUGCAUUUGGUUGCGAGUUUUGGGCGCCCUUCAGCGAAGAGUUUGGUCGAUGGCCAAUAAUGCAGCUCAGCUUGUUCUUCGUCAAUAUCUGGCAGAUCCCCUGCGCCCUGGCCCCUAAUUUCGGCACUAUUGUUAUCUGCCGCAUUCUCGGGGGUCUAUCCUCUGCCGGUGGUUCUGUAACUCUCGGGAUGGUAGCAGAUAUGUGGGAGCCAGGUGACCAACAAUAUGCCGUGGCCUUCAUUGUGCUAUCAUCCGUGACAGGCUCGGUCAUUGCCCCAGUCGUCGGAGGCUUUGUGGCAACCUUCCUUGACUGGCAUUGGAAUUUCUGGAUCCAGCUGAUCCUUGGAGGCUUCGUGCAGAUAUUGCACUUCUUCGUUCCAGAGACCAGGUGCAGCAUCCUCGUCACCAGAGAGGCUAGGCGAAGACGGAAAGAUGGGGAUAUGGUAUGGAGUGGUGACGAGCUGAAGCAAACUCGUAUGUCCUUCCGCUGGGUCUUCAUGGUUUGGGUCCGCCCAUUUAUUAUGUUCGCGCGGGAGCCUAUCGUCUUGUUCCUCUCUCUCCUCAGCGGUUUCAGCGAUUCUCUCAUCUUCACUUUCCUCCAAUCGUAUACGCCGGUAUACAAGCAAUGGCACUUCAAUACGAUUACAACUGGACUUGCUUUCCUCCCACUUUUGGUGGGCUAUCUCAUUGCCUAUGUUUCAUUCAUUCCAUGGAUUUAUCGGGAUUGUAAGAAACGAGAGAGAGACCCAGAUGCUCUUCAGCCAGAAGCUCGUCUUUAUUGGUUGCUAUAUGUGGCUCCUCUGUUGACAAUUGGUCUAUUUGGAUUUGCGUGGACUAGUCUCGGUCCACCUCAUGUCCAUUGGAUUGCGCCUAUGAUCUUCUCAGCCUUGAUAGCCAUUGCUAAUUAUGCUAUUUACAUGGCCACAAUUGACUACAUGAUUGCCUCGUAUGGUCCAUAUGCUGCCUCGGCCACGGGAGGAAAUGGAAUGGCGCGUGAUUUCCUGGCUGGUAUUGCAGCGAUGUAUUCAGUGCCCAUGUAUACAAACAUGGGUACAACGCAUCACCUUGAAUGGCCUUCUACUUUCUUGGGCUUCAUGGCAAUUCUCUUCACCAUUCCAAUAUACGUGUUCUAUUGGGAAGGUCCUAGGAUUCGAGAUAUGUCACCAUUCGCGCAGACCUUGGCUUCUGACAGAAAGAAGGCUGGCCGCAGGGUUUCUUCUUGUGGUUCCGGUGAUCCAGAUCCCGUUGAAAGGUAUCUUUCUGAACGGUCAUCACAAGCGACCAGAACCAGAUCCGGUUGA